AUGGCAAGAAGAAGGCUGGGGUCGCUCGAGAGCCUGAAGUCGGGGACGUACGCGGGGGCCCCGCCGUCGGAGGUGCAGAGGGUGAAAUUGUGGGAUCGGCUCAGCCUGAAGGCCAAGGUGCGGCAGGAGGCGACGGGUCAGGUGAGCGUCUUCGAGGCCACGGGCCGCGAGCUCUCCGAGUGCAGGAAGGAGGAGGCGGAGAACCCGCCUCCGCUGUCGCGGGGGGCGUCGCGGGUGCUGGGCAUCACGACGAAGUCGGGGAGCCUGGUGGCACCUGCGCCCAAGGCGGUGGCUACCAACCCGAAGGAGGCCGUCACGCUUAGCCAGCGGGCAGGCGCGGCUGAGCAGGCAGCCGAGACCAAGACCAGGAAGCGGAGGUGCAGCCCAAGCGUUUCAUGA